AAAAUAGUUUAGAUGUAGCAGAGUAUAUUCACCUGCUAUCUGUUGGUAGAAAGCUGGGAUUCAAGGGUGGGUCCUUUGAUCAAUAACAUGUGAAGAAGGGCAAUGUGAAGUUUCCCUGGUUUCUGUUGAUGUUUCCCCGUCCCAUAACUACUACUGCAGACCUGCUGACAAUAAUUAACACUUUAAGAUAGUAAAUAAAUGUGACACAGGAUGGGAGAGGGUCUCCAUGAUAGGGGGGCAACAAUCUUGCAGAUCCUCCCAAUUUUUAAUAUUACAUGGGAAGAAGGGCCUUUCAAUUAUACCACAUAUUUAGGAAUAGGUAGUUUAGGUUGGUGUGACACAUGGAGGAAUCCACAACACCUUAUAUUCCAGCUGGCGAACGCAUGUUUUUUCAUCUCAUACCUUACUCCUUCAACUAAAAAGGGAAUCAUUUUUAUGCAUGCAGUAUUAGUAUUAGGGUUUUUUAUAUUCUCCACCUGGGCUUGGGUUAUUGUAUGCGCUCCUGACAUAUUUUUCUGGAGUCUGUGUUACACUUUUAUAAACAUAUGCCAAUUAGUCUUUCUUUUGUACCAAUUAAGGCCAGUGAAAUUUGACCCCGAGUUGGAAGAAGCAUAUCACACGUUGUUUGUGCCAUUUAAGGUUUCAAGGAUCCAAUUCAAAAAGCUGAUAAGCAACGACAUGGCUCAAAUUAUGUCUCUGCACGCUGGCGAGGCUUACGCAUUACAAAACUUAACAAGGACUGAUAGACUGGGCCUGCUCCUAUCCGGGAAAUUAAACGUUCUAUGUGAUAGCCACUUUCUGCAUCCGAUACUUGCGUGCGAAUUUUUAGACUCGCCCGAGUUCGAGAGCAGAGCAAAUAUGGACGAUAAAUUUAAGGUUUCAAUUGUAGCAGCUACUUCAUGCAGGUACCUUUACUGGCAGAGAACCUCGUUAGAAUAUUUAUUCGUCAAGGAGACAUACUUGGCAACUGUGAUGUCAACUUUAAUAGCAAGAGAUAUAACGACAAAGCUGUACGCAAUGAAUAACAAGAUUGUUACAGAAAAAGGGUACCACCUUGAUAUAAGGCUUCCGAGUAUCACAUCAUCGCUAACAAGCACUGAUCACAAAAGCCCAACAUUGAAAGCUUUAAAAAAGCAUACAUCGGUAUUGUCGGGCUCACAGCCGAAUUCGCCUGAAUCGGUCUACAGUAGCCGGGAGCAAUUGUUUAAAGAUAAGGUUCUUCCCGUUGUUCCUAAUGGUAGAGUGGUUGAGUUGGUCCCGCUGAAGGAGAUGCCAUCUGCUGAAGAACUGGGCUCAUCGGCUGAAGUUGAAUCAUGGCUUGAAACAUCUUCUAAAUAUCACAGUUGUGAAAUUGUGGAUUCUUAAAGCAAUGCUUUUUACAUAUUAAACAUGUCUAUAAAUU